AGAGCACUGUUCUUUUAAAGGAGACCCAGUUUUAUCACUUACUUCUAUUAUUUAUUCAAUUUUGUUUUUCUUACUUACAUUAUUAUUCGCUUGUAUUUCUUUAUUGCUGACGGCUUGCAUCAAGAAUACAAGAAAGCAAUGAACAAGGCUUCUUAACAACUCAUGUUGUACAUAUACUUUCAAGAUAUCUCGAAGUUUCCUUUUUUAAUUUUAUUGUCCUAAUUUUUAUAAUUAGAUAUUUUUCCUAUUGAAACUGUAUUUUGAUUCAUAUAUGAACAGUUCACCAGGUUUCAAUAACGUAUAAUAUAGAAGAACGGACUGAUUGAAGCGCUCUUUUUUAUGAUUGACAGGAGGAAAAGAAAAAGGAAGUUGAAAGGAAGAGAAGAAUAUUCUUAUCCUUAUUGAUAAUUGAUAAUACUCAGAGAGAACUCGCAAAAGAAGCUAGAAUGCAAAAUGGCAGAAGACGAAUUGGCGCUCGAGUUCCAUCGGCCAAUUCAAGAAGUACGAAUCGCAGCGAGAGUUUCAGCGAAUAUACCAGUAUCCAAAAAUCUGUUGAAUGCCCAAUUUGCGGAAUAGAAUUGCCCAAUUUACAGUCUUUAAAUGAUCACAUAGACAUAACUCAUAUUUCCACGGAAGAAGAAACACAGCCAAAGCAUCAAGACUUCGUCAACUCCUGGUUCUCGAGAACAAUCAAUGGAGCGACCACCUUGCACGCAAAAGCGGCCCAACGAUUACUAAAACUGGAACCUUACGAACAAAAUGGAGAUCGGACUGGUGCAAUCGGUAUCGAAGCUACAAAGCUUACCGAUUCUGUUGUUACGAGAGAACACUGGCAAGCAGAAGUUGUCGAUAUGAAAUGCCAUGAUCCCACUUGCGACAAAAUUCUUAAUUUCAUGAAUGGUCGUAUUCAUUGUCGCAAGUGUGGUUAUGUAUUCUGCAACUUUCAUACUUUAUACCAAGCGAAGCUCUCAGUUUCAGCAGACUACGAUCCGGAAUUUGGAUUUUGGUCCCGCAUAUGCAGACAAUGUUACGAAAACCGGCCAGGCUACAAUGAUGUGCAUGGCCAAACUCGUUCCCGCUAUCACACCUUUGAAGCUUUUCGUAAGUCAAUUGCUGACAAGAGAAGAAUCGAGUUUCUUCGUUUAGAUAAGCGCAUGAAGCGACUUGAGUCUUUAUGGUCCUCUGAAAAGGUAUCCGUUUUUGAUGCUUUACUUAAGAAUAAAGCAAAGAAAUUGGAACAGGAAAUUGUGAAUUGGCAAGAAGAUUCAGAAGUGGAAACAUGUCCUGAAUGUGGGAAUGUUUUUACUUUAACUCGCCGUCGGCGACAUUGUCGAUUAUGCGGAAGAGUUGUUUGUCGGUUUUGUGUCCUUGAAAUUCUCCAUUCGAACCAAUUCCAGAAUCUUUUAAUUUGCAAUUCUUGCAACCAAAAUUAUUUCAAAACUCUCGCCUUUCAGAAAGACAAGGACCAUAUUCCGGGUUAUAUUUUACACAUUAACCACUUACAAGUGUUUCGCCAUGCGCUUCAAAACUACAUAACAUUAUACAAAGAAAACCUUGCAGACCUAUUGAGUGGAACAAUAGUUACCCAAGAGUUGCUACAAAAAACAAAAGACGUUCGUCAAAGAUUUUCAGACUUGUGUUUGAAGUAUGAAUCUACGGUUAAAAAAAUUUCGUCUUAUCCAGUAAAUACGGAAGCAGAAGAACAAAUAAAACACUCUAUAUGUGCUGAAGCAAAGAGCUUUCUGCAAGAAACAGCUCUUCAUUUACAAGCAAUUCCUCGACUCCAAGUUGGACAAACUUGGUCUUCGCAAAUGGAACAGGACGCAUCAGCAAGGAAAGAAGAAGCAGAAAAAAAGCAAAAUGAAUAUACGCAAAUGAAGAUUGUGAUCGAGGAACAGGUGUUCCUGGUUGAAAAUAUGAUACGAGAAGCCAAAUUAAAACGAAAGUUUUCCGAAGUGGAUACUUUAGUGCAAAGCCUAAAACCCUUACAAGAAGAAAUCCAGCGACUUGAAAGAAGUAUCCAAGAACUGAAUGGUUUGUAAUGUCAUUUUCCUUCCCAUUUGUUUUUACUUUGUUAAGGCUGCUUUGGCUGAUAUUUGACUUAUGAAUUUCAAAAUCUUCUAUGAAUUAACUUAUUAGAAAUGAUACAACCUUCUUUUUGUUAACGACUGUUCCCGUCCUCGUCAUGUUUCAGAGCCAAACAUGUCUAAUUUGAUCCGAACGAUUUCAUGCCAUUUAACCCAUAAUGCUCUUUUUUUCUGAACUCAUGUACUCGAUCAUACAAACUCUAGCUCAAAUGUUGGAAAUACGGACCAUCUAAUUUUGAAUGUAUAUCAUACUAAAGACUAGAAAAUAUUUUAAUAUGACGAUAUACUGCUCAUAUAUUGAAAACUUCUCCGUCUCAAGGAGGGUUUCUUUUCGUAGAAAAU